UGAUUCCUGUAUCCCGAUUCCUACUUCUUCCCGCAGCACAAAGUUAAACUCUGGAACUCUCUGCCACUGGCUGGCCACUGAGAACAGGAAGCUGGACUGUCUGGCCUGAUCAGGCAGGCUCUUCUUAUGAGCAUUAAGCUAUCAGGUCCGUUUGGAAUAAAAACGCCUUUGCCCCGAGGGAAGGGAGGGAGGCGCUCCGCACGUGCUCAGAGGCCCCAGCAUUUGUCCAAGGCGCAAAGACGGCAAAGGAAGGGGAAGGGUGGAUCUAUGGGGCGUGUGACCUCUCUAGGGGGCGGCGAAAGAGACCAGCUGCGCCGGAUCUUCCUCCGCGGGACUUUCGCUUUCCUUUUCCGCGGUGCUGUCGGGAACCGUGCGCGCUAAAGGCCGUGGGGUGGGGUGGAGAACGGGGGGGCUUCCACCCAGGGGGUCCCAGCACCCCAAAUCCCGGAGGAAGAGCCGCGCCCCGGGGGUCCCAGCCUGGGAGAAGCUGGCUUCGAAUUCCCCCUGCAGCGCGUUCCGCAGGUCAACUCCCGGGACCCUGGCCGGCGAGAAGAGAGAUCCAGCCAGGAGGGCGCGGCUCUUUCCGGGGAUCGGGGUGCAGGGAUCCCUUCAGGGUGGGUGGUCUACUGAGCGCAGGAUCCGCCCCACCGAGUCAUGUCCGGGGGUGAAUCCUGGAGCAAGGCAGAGGAGCGCCGCCGACAAGCAUCCCCCAGCCAGGACCAGGUUCAAGACACGGCAGAGAGCGGAAGUUGCUCCACGGCAAACAGGGCCUCGAGUCAGACAGAGGCGGGCUCUCUGGAGUCACAGCUGCAGAAUUUGAGGGGUUCCUUGCACCCCUUGGCCUCCCAGUUCCUCCAAGCUCAGGAGGUGGUUGUCGGAAUCGCUGCCCAGCUGUUGGCCAACGACCAGCCCCUGAGAAGCAGCCUGCCGGCCGCAAAGCCCAGCCUUCUGGAAGCCAACCAGGGGCUCCGUCAGCAGCUGAGCGACCAAGAGGAGCUAGUUUUCCACCUGCGGGAAGCAAAUCGGAAGCUCCAGAGCAGCCUGGAAGACCAAACGGCCCGCAGGCUGGAAGAGAGGGAACUGCGGGAGCAGAAAGAGAAAGUGUCCCGUCUGCUGAAGGAGAAACAACAAGUCCAGGAGAAGCUGAAGGACCAGGAAAAACUGGUGUCCGAGCUGCUGGAAAGGAACGGGAAGCUUCAGCAGGAGCUGGAGGAGAAGGACAUUCGAGUGUCGCACCUGGUGCAUGAGAAUGACUGGCUCCGUCGAGAGAAUGCGAGACUCCAGAGGGGCCCCGGAUCCCAGAGAUGGACUUCUUCCUUCUGGCCACGUUCAACUCCCACACUCACAGCCUUCCCCGUCCAGGUCUGGACCACUGGGCAGACGGGAGGCUGCGAGAAGGACAUUGUCAACGACGUCUCCAAGCUCCUGGAGGGCCUCGGCAUCUCCCUCCGCCAGGAGGGUUACGAAGAGAAGUCGGACCACUUCCUCCUCCUCUUCUGCGCUGUCUUCUCCCGCGUGGGCAGCGACAUACUCUGUGCCCUCGAGGCGCUGAACAGAGUGCGAAAGGCCGUCCUGGUCGUCCUGCACCACAAGUCGAAGGGCAGCACCCAAGAGAUCUUGGACACCCAGCGGCAGGUCUAGCACGAAGCCCUGGUGCGCACGGUGCAUGCCUGCUACAGCAUCCAGGACGGAUUCUACCCCUGCGAGAUGAACGAGGCCGCCGUGGCGUCUGUGGCGAAGGCCAUCCAGGAGCAGAGGGGGAGCUGAGCUACAGACCCAGCGCUCCGACUUCUGUAGGGUGGUUGACCGCGGGGCGGGGGGGCAUGCAAAAUGGGAGUUUUGGGGGAGUGAGGGUGCUCGCUGCAACGCACGUUUUUCGGACUGGCCUGGCUUGGCUUGCUACCUCGAGGCUCCCUCCACUCACGCUGGGAUGUCAUGAUACGGGUGCAGAGCUCUCAGAAGAAGGGGCCUUGUCAGAGUCAGAGCCUCGGGUCCCUCUAACUCUACACUGGCCGGCAGGGUUCUCUCCCCGCCCUACCUGGAGAUGCCAGUGGAGAUUUUACCUUGGACCUUCUGCAGGCUAAGCAGGUGUCCUAGCACUGGGCUAUAGCUCUUCCCUCUCGGCACAGGGUUGGCUCCCUUCAGCUGGGGAGAACGUCACCUUCAAGUUUCCAAUAGCCAUCGGCCCACUUCCAGCCAUGAUACUAGCUGGAGGGAGCUAAAAGCCAGCCUUUUUGCAGGAACUCUGCAUUACAAAGUCACAUUGAGUCUCAAAGCUGGAACAGCUCUCGAGUCUGGUUGGUCCAGGAGAGAAGUGCAAACAGUUUUACAUUUUGAAAUCAGGGGUUUUUAGAAUUGCAAUUGGGGUUCAAGUGUAAAUGGCGAUGGUUGGGAAAUUCCCUCCCGGACAUCCAAAAUCUGCAGCCAGGUUGAAGCCCAGUUGCAAAUGUCCGACCAUGUGCGUAUGUGCUUUUCACACAGGAGCACAUGCAACUGUGUGAAGGUUUUCACAAUUGUUAAGCAUGCCGCUGCAUUGACGGUGGAGACCUGAGCACCCUCUAUGCUUCUGCUUGUGUGUGUGUGCGCGUGCGCGCAUGGCUGAAUUUGGAUUGGUGACGGGGGUCUUUCGGCUUUCUAAGCCUCCGAGAGGAAGGCGUAAAAUUAGAGCUACACUUCAGAGAUGGUGUGGAGACAGAGAAGACAAAUGCAGGUCUGAUCCUGCACAUGUAUUAGCAACUGUUGUGUCCCAAGUGUGAAAUGUGGAAUAAAGCUAAUAAAUUGGGCUACGGAGCCACUGACUGCUUUUUUGUUCCCAUCAAAAUCCAGCCUGCGAACGACCUUUUUUAUCACAGACCUGUGAGAUCGGCCUAUGGGUGCUGCAAAUUGGUAUCGUCAGCGAUGCGUCCUAAAAUAAUUUUCAGAACUGCAAGUGACUUUUCAGCCUGAGGAAGAGCAGAUUGAGACUGGGGUUACGGACACGCCAUAAAGCCUAUUUUCCCUCCGUGGAAUUGGGG